AAUCAAUUAAGACCUCUUUCUGUAUCUCUGUCCUACCAAAACACAAUGAUUCAGCCUGCUUUGGGCCUGUGUGACUGUGUGCGAGUGUGUGACGGUCAUGUAUGGGGAGGUUUCCUCUCCCCAGUACCCUCUGCCGUAUCCUGCAGAUCUCCUGGAGCAGUGGGACCUAGAAGUUCCGCUAGGCUAUCGGAUCCAGCUAACAUUCAAUCACCUGGACAUUGAGCCCUCUCCAAACUGUUGCUAUGAUUCUCUCAUGGUUGUGUCUGAUAAGAAAGUUCUGGGGAAGUUCUGUGGCCAGAAUUCCACAGACAGUUAUCAUCCAAGUAACAAGACCAUCUUGUCACCUGGCAAUCGUCUCCAGCUGGUUUUUCUAACGGAUGAUUCAAACCCCAUGUCACAUCUAGGCUUCACUGCAGUCUACCAGGCUGCUGCUGUGGACUGUGGCAUUCCUGAGCUACCAGACUUAAUAGAGCUAACAGUGCAAAAUUCUCUCACGACUUAUCUAGAACAAAUCAGUCUCAAGUGUUCAUCUGAAUAUUACAUACUGUCUGGAAAUGGUCAUUUCAUCUGUGAUGCAAAUAGUAAUUGGGUAUCUGAGAGUGGUCAAAAAUUCUCAGAAGAUUUGCCUAAAUGUAUCCCAGUGUGUGGAAUAAAUACAGAAGUCACUGUUGGUGGCAGAGUCUUUGGUGGGAAGCAAGCAUUACUGGGGCAGAUUCCCUGGCAGCUCUUACACAAGUCAUCUCCCAGAGGUGGUGCUUCUCUGAUCAGUGAUUACUGGGCCCUCACAGCUGCUCAUGUAGUAGAUGGAUUUAAAACAACCACCAUGAGUUGGUUAGGGGGAAUGAUUGAUUCUCAGGCCAAAAACAUUGUUACCAUGGAGACAGAGAAGAUAAUAAUUCAUCCAAAAUAUAAAACAGUAGGUAAAAAUGGAGAACAAACAAGCUAUGAUAAUGACAUUGCUCUGAUCAAAAUGUCUGCCAGGGUUCCGCUUGGUCCAAACCUCAGGCCAGUGUGUCUUCCAAAGAAAACAGACGGACCUGUGAUGGAGGACAUGAUGGGUACAGUCUCAGGCUUUGGAGGAUAUAGCGAUAAAAGUCUAAGAAGUAAAAAUUUGCUUUAUGGUCAUGUUCAGGAAUAUUCCCUUGUUGAAUGUGAAUCAAAAGGUAAACUUGUCACUGAUAACAUGUUCUGUGCUGGAGAUGAUGGUCAGGGUAUAGACAGUUGUAAAGGUGACAGUGGAGGUCCACUAUUUCUCCCUACAUUGGAACAAGUGUCUGCAGAACAACCUUUUAGGAUUGUAGGUAUCGUAUCGUGGGGUCCCCCUGAAUGUGGACAUAAAAGCUUUAAAGGUUACUACACUAAAAUACAGAACUACCUGGAUUGGAUCAGAGAAACUAUGGCAAAUAACUGUACAAGAGGAGACAUGAGCCCUCUGGCAGCUUAAGAGGUCACCAGAACCAGCUAGAUCCAGCUCCAUUCCUGCUUUGUGUUGGACUCCACUGCUACAUGUCAAUGAGUGAUGAUGACUAAUAGCAGCCGGUGCCAGCCAAACAUCACUUCAGUCUAUUACAAUGGACUUCACAGGACGAACUGAUGCCAACUCCAACCAUAAGACAUGGGAUACAUCAUAUGCCAUUGCCUGAACCUUGGACUUAGGAUAGACCUCACCGAAAUUACCGGCCAGUUGAACUGCAAUGCACCUCACUGAUCUCUGCCUGCAUCACCUCGGUCUAAUGAUGGACUACACUCUUAUAAUGGAAUACAUAGACUAUCAAUUAAUUGCCAACAAAACCUUCAUCAGCCAACUAACAAGGACAAUGUAUCUAUGUGAACCUAUGCAGUUAAUCCAGGAUGGACUUCAAAGACAUUAGUCAUUAAUCUUACAGUUCAUACAAAAUGUUUGUUUAAACACUGACCCUUAACACUUACUUAGUUUAGUAAUUUUAAACCAUGACUUGCACUAUACAUAAGUACUAUUGGCAUUAUAUUCAUGAUGUUAGCCAGAGGGGAACUGGCUCCCACAGUGAGCCUGGUUUCUCCCAAGGUUAUUUUUCUUCAUUAACCAACAUCUUAUGGAGUUUUGUGUUCCUUGCCAGUUGCCUUCAGCUUGCUCACUGGGGUUCUAAAUACAAUUAUUAUUUAAUUACUCAUUUUUAAACACAAUUCACAAUCAUAUUUUAUCAAACUACACAAUGAUGACUAAGACAUUAUAGAUAUUACAGUUUCAUUUUCUGUUAAUGCAUGAUUUUCUGUAAAGCUGCUUUGAAAUGAUGUGUGUUGUGAAAG